AUGGCACUUGCAGCUAUACAAGCAUUAUAUGAUGAUGAUGAUGACAAGACUGAUGAAAUACGUGUAACCAGACAUGAAGAAGACACAGAAGAUCGUAUGGCUGUUCUUAAUGAUCCUGCUUUUUCGGUUAUGUCAAAGAUUAAACUCAAUUUAACACCAGCUAUUGCAAUUCAGCCAAUUGAUACAAGUAGUUUUCUCGAUAUUAAAACUAGAGAAGUUUUAUACAAUCCAAAAUAUGAAGACAUGUAUGCACCAAUUUAUGGUCCAACAAAUCCAAAUUUAACACAACAACAACGUACAUUUAAAAAUGUAUUAAAUGGUUAUGCAGAAUCGACAACAUUAAGUGAUUUUCAAUUUGAAAAUCAACGACGAACAUUUGAUAGUUUUGGUUAUGCAGUUGAUCCAACUGUUGGAGAACAUGCAACUCCACAAUUAGUUGGUGAUCAAAUUAGAGCUGAAAUUAAUGAAGGCAUGACUAUUUUUGAAACAGCUAAAAAGCCUGCUGGAGAAAAACGAAAAAAAGAUAAAAAUUAUGAUUCAGGUGAUGUUGAAGGUUUUCAAGGUCCAUGGGCUGCAUAUGCCGAUGAAAUAACUACAUCACGUCCAUCUGAAGAAGAACAAAAAGAAAUCGAUGAAUAUUUAUCUAAACGACGAAAAGCUAAACGACCAACACGUGAUGAACAAAAUGCAAUACGUGCUCGUGAUCCUGAAUCAACAACAUUAGAUAAAGAAGCAGAAGAUCCAUCAUCAACAACAUUACAUAUUAAAGAUCCAUAUGAUUAUCAAGGUCGAUCAUUUCUUCAUAUUCCACAAGAUGUUGGUGUUAAUUUACGUUCGGAAGAUCCACCACAACGAUGCUUUAUUCCUAAACAAUGUAUACAUACAUAUAAAGGACAUACAAAAGCUAUACAAAAAAUUCAUUACUUUCCUGUUUCUGCUCAUCUGUUUCUUACUUGUUCAAUGGAUUGUAAAGUCAAAUUAUGGGAAUUUUAUAAUGAACGUCGAUGUGUUCGAACAUACGCUGGACAUAGUCAAGCUGUACGUGAUGUUAGUUUUAAUUUUGGAGGCACAGAAUUUCUUUCAGCUUCGUAUGAUAAAAGUGUUAAAUUAUGGGACACAGAAACUGGUCAAGUGAAAAGUAAAUUUUCAGUACGAAAAAUACCGUAUUGUGUCUCGUUUAAUCCAAGUGAGAGUAAACAACAUUUAUUUAUAUGUGGCAUGUCUGACAAGAAAAUUCUUUGUUUUGAUAUUCGAAGUGGUCAUGUUGUGCAAGAAUAUGAUCGACAUUUAGGUGCUAUCAAUACUGUUACAUUUGUUGAUCGAAAUCGUCGUAUUGUAUCAACAUCCGAUGAUAAAAGUAUUCGUGUAUGGGAAUGGAACAUUCCUGUUGAUUUUAAAUAUAUUGCUGAACCAACGAUGCAUUCAAUGCCUGCUGUAGCUCAAUCAAAAAAUGGUAGAUAUUUAGCAUUUCAAUCGAUGGAUAAUCAAAUUAGAAUUAUGGAACCUAUGGCUAACUUUCGAUGGAAAAGUAAAAAAGUAUUCAAAGGCCAUAUGGUAUCUGGUUAUGCAUGUGGUCUUGAUUUUUCACCUGAUAUGUCUUAUGUAAUUAGUGGUGAUGCAGAUGGUCACUUAGUUAUUUGGGAUUGGAAAACGACACGUGUCUUUGAAAAAAUUAAAGCACAUGAUAAUGUAUGUAUUGAUGCUAAAUGGCAUUGGCAUGAGAAAUCAAGAGUUCUUACAGCUGGAUGGGAUAAUGUUGUUAAAUUAUGGGACUAA